UGCCUAGAAUUUGCGUUUUCUUUUUCUCUUUAAAAAGAAAUAGAAAACAAACCUUUCAUAUAAAUCUGUAAUCUGCAAAAUGAGAAAGGGGAAAAAAUGUUGGACUUUCAAAAAACUACACUCAAUUUGAACUUAUUGCUGAAAUGGAAAAAUUAAAAAGACAUCGCAAACAAGGACGUUACUUUUUUGUAGUUGAAACUUUUUGGAUUUUGGUCAUGUCUGAAAAUAUCACAUGAAAUGGUAUAGAACAAAAUAAAACACUUGGUCUUCCACAGAGUUCGUGCUAGCCAAUCUAAGAAGCCCUGAACAUAGGGCUGGGUAAUGAUUUUGUACAAAUUCCUCAUCCAAAUAAUCAGAAUUGAAUUAAUUUGAAAUGAGAGGCUAGGGUCAGAAGUUACAAAGAGUCACUUUAGGUCUGACGGCAAGGGGGUCCUAAAUAUCUCAACACGAUUUGCCACCAACGUCUUUGUAUUGCUACAAUAAAAUUUGGAGAAUAAUCUGAAAUACAACUGGCAGAAUAUGGAUGGGGCUUUUUAGGUAGCGAAUGAACAUUUCCAUUUCAAAGCUAUUCUACGCAUGAUUGCAUAGUGGGCUUUGAGAGGGCCUAACUUUUGAAUUGAUAGUUGGAAGGAGAUGCAGAACGUGGAAAAAUCAGAAUCGAAGCAAAGCGCUGUGUGUUGAAUGUAAUCGGAAAUUGCCAUCCUUGACCUCAGCCUCGCUCUCCAUAUUCCAGUGGUUCAUGCGUCAACCAUCCCAAUAUACUGAACCAGCCGAAACGGCUUUACUUCAUCAGUCUUGAAGUACUUCCAAAAUGGCAACAAGUCCAUUAUCUAGACUGCCUCCAAUCCAUUCUCGGCCUCCUUUGGUCGUCAAAUCAAGGACAGACGGUUUUCACUUGACGCCAAAAAGGUUGAAUUUCCUCUUAUUUGCGUCCAUUCCUAUUGUCUUGAUUAGUGUGGGAUUAUGCUAUUACUUGGCAGGCUUAGCCACGCCUCCAGUGGAUCCUUGGACCCCAGUGAGUUUCUAUCCCUGCAUUAACUAAACCAAUCAGCCUUUGACCAUACUGUCCAACAGAUUUACAAAGCAGAGUCCAUACAGAAAAUGGUCCUUCAACAUCACGUCUUGUCCACGUAUUUCAAGACCAAUACGCCAAUGGCACUGGAUAGCCAAGAGCUUGAAGGCAGAGUAUGGUGCUCUUUCAAGACCAGAACUGGACUACCAUUGAAUUGCAGAGAGGAACGGACGGAACAUAGGAUUAUUCACGAGGUCAUUGGUCCUGAAUCCACCGUUCUUGAGCUUGGAUCACGCUUGGGCACGCUCAGUUGCGAGAUCGCCAAAAUCCAAAACAACUCGGGCCGACUUUUGGCCGUUGAGGCAGACAAGGAUUUGUGGAGCGUGUUGUAUUAUAAUCAGUUGGCACAUGAGUGUUCAUUUUCCAUCCUAUUGGGAACCAUCAGUCAGACCCCGUUCCAAGUGACAACCACUAUUGAGGGAGACAGGAUUAUCAAACAAGUUCCCAAGGAAGCCGAUUCUGAGAAAACGGUGACGGAUCAAGAAACAUCUCUAAUUAACUCGCUCUCAUUUCAAAAGGCACAAGAUGCAGUAAGAAUGAAGUUUGACACCGUUCUUCUCAAUUGUGACGGGUGCGCGGCUCACUUUUUGGAAGAAAACUUUCAACAGUUGUCAAAAGUGAAGGUAAUCAUCAUCGAAACCACCGACGACAUCGCAAGCCGAGAUUGCCAAGAUCUUGAUUGCGUGGAGUUGAAGACUUGGAUCUUGAGACUGCAAACCGAAUGGAACUACCACAUCAAAGAGAUCUCAGAGGAGCAGAAUUAUGCACUUCAAAUGAUUCCUUCCAAGAAGGUCUAUCACUACGUUUUAAUCAAAGAAUAACGGACAAGCUUGCACAUGAUUUCUUCAAAAUGGAAUAUCCGUUCCACUGUAAUCCAUGUAUCUUCCCGAGUCCUUCAACGUGGCAUUGUCUACCAAAUCCAGGAGCUGCUUCACAGAAUGUUCCACCGAGAACAAUUGGUCCUUCGGGACAUUUUUAUGAUAAGGCCUUGAUAUAUCAGUAUCCACCGUUCCUGGAUGAAGAGCCAGGCAGAUGAUUUGGUUCUUCCCCCUUCCAAACUCCACGGCAAGAUUCCUGAAAUCCAGUAGAUGACAAUACACAUCUGGAGUUUGAGUUGGUCAAUAAAUUCGUCAGUGAU